AUGGCUGCUCUGCGUAGUGUUCGUUCAAAGCAACAGGUGAACAAAUUCUGCAGUGUGGGCUCGGCGUUGCUUGGAGACGCGGUAUGUUUUUCCAUCAAAGAGUGGGAUAAUACGCUCCGAACUCUGGAGGCUGCGCGGUGUGACCCCCUCCUUUUACCACCCUUGGCGUCACUACCCACUUCAGCGGUGUGCGAGGCGGUUAGGCAUUACCAUAACGUCUACAUGAAGGCAUCACAACUGAUUGUCCUUCGACCAUUGCAUUGGAGAAAAUGGCAAGAAGGGCUUUGUGAGUUUAUGGAUCACACAAACAACAACGGCACUGAUGGCGGAAACAGUAGUAAUGGUUCAAGUACCACCCUUCACACAGGAUGUUGUGAAUUGGAAGUUCUGUGUGGCGCAUUUCUUUCCCAGCAGCGUGAGCAAUUUGUUGUUGCUUUCUGGGGUACUGUGGAUAGUUGCUCGCUGCGUCUGAAACUCCUUGUCUCCCGAUUCCCUCACGAAGAUGAAAUUAUCUCCGUCUCGCCUGUUGCAGGAGACGGAAUGGAUGGUAAUGGCGCGGACUUGGAAGAAGUUCGUAUAGCAGCAGAGGAGAGUGCGGAUGAUAUGGGGGAGGGUGCCAUUCUUUUGCGAAAACGGUACUUCCGAGAGCUUUAUAGUUUUCAGAGGCUUGCUUGCGAAUCAGCCCAUCUGUUCGGUUUCUAUGCUUCUGUGGGUAAGGCGGAGCGUUUGUGGCUUACUGACACUUUGCUUCUGGAACGGCAUGAAGAAGCUGCAGAGGUACUUAUCAGGCGUAGCUUCAAGCGUGACUUUGAUGUCCCUAGUUUGGAACUUGUUAGUGGUGAAUUACUUGAAGAUUACAAGUCGUUUGAGGUCAACGAGUCGAAGCAGCGAGUGUUACUGAAGAGGGCGGGGGAUACUCUUAAGGGGCUGUGGUGCAUUCUGGCUCAUGACAAGUUCGUUAAACAUCAAUCGCAGAGCAAAUUGCAACAAAAAGGAGUUGAGGAGGAAUAUGAAUGUGGGGUUGAAGAGGAAGAGAGGUCGUGUGGCACUGAUGCAACAGCGCUUAAGUUUCCCGAAGAACUCGUGCGUUGCAUUAGUUGUAAAGCCGUUAGAUCGGUGACCGCAUUUGCAACCGCUGUGCAAUCCAUCGUGGAGUGUAAUCCGUCGUCGCCACCUUCUGCUAACCUGGAGCGUCUUGAGUUUCUCCUCUCAUUGUUACUGAGAUGGUUUGAAGCUUACACAGGGGAACGUCACAGGGGCGACAUCCCAUUGUUUCUGGAUACGGAUCUUUGGGAGUUUCUGUUGCAGAGACACACAGAGUUGCUCAAAUGGGUGAUGUCUGCUUACUGUAGUGGAGAGACCGAUGUGGAUUACAAUUCGGCUGUGGAGGCUGUGCAGUUUGUGUGCCUUUCUGUCCUGCGGUGCCUAGACGUGUACAAGGCUGCCGUGGUGUCGAAGCGGUGCGAGGAGAGCGUGAAGGACAAACUUAAAUGCGUUGCAGGGAACACGGUUGCUGAGUGGUUGAAGCACACGGCCAUUGGCGCAUUUCUUCGUGGUAUUCGACGUGCGUGUUCUGAUUUAUGUGCAAGUGGAACGCGUUUUUGUUUGAGCAUCCCGUUGAUGUUAAUUGUUGUUCGGAGCUCCGUUGUGGAGUCGAGGCUGCUUCUUUUGUGUCACGGAAUAUCCUGCGCAGUAGACGUCAGGCAGCUGCUCCUCCCCAUGGUUGACCUUGGUUUCAAAGAGAUGAGUCAACUGGACAAAAAUGCGGAUGGAACUCUGCUGACGAGCUGGGUAGGGUCCAUGACUUCUGUUUUGAAUUCACUCCGUCGUACUCUACGCGUACAUGGUGCUGAGCACGCACCUGCGGAUGAUUUUGUUUGCGAGUUGCACCGGCACUACCUUUCACUUCAGCGACUGUCGCCCGCAGCAGUGAGCGACAUUGUCACUGAUGCCUGGACUGAUUUCCUUUCUUCUGGCUUUGUUGUUGAGGGAGGCCUUCGUGGCAGUCGCCGCGUUUCCCUCUUUUCUGUGAGUAGUGAGAGGAGAUCAGCACUACAUGGGGCGCAACAAAUGGUGAAUGGCACACAUGUUGAUGUUGGCCAUGAGGAGCGAGACUAUAAAAGGCUGCGUAAAGAGUAA